AUGAAUAACCGGCCAGUCGAGCAGGCACUGGGCACUCUUGUGCCCACCCAUGCAACCGACAUACCGCAGGAGCUUCUAAGCUUGGCGCUUUCCCUCGUUGCACAGUCCCGAAGCUUUUCCACCAGUCUCAAGCCCGAAGAAGAGAUCGCUCGGCCCUAUGCCUGCGCGGAGAUCGCUUGCAAGAGGCUGAGCCGGGCUCUCAAACUCCCUCCAUUACUCGGUCAUCCACCAUGUCCUCCUCGCGUAUACAAGAAGCUCUAUUCGUACCUGGACCGAUCUCUCUCGGCAAGUUCGGCCGGUAUUAAACGCUCGGCGAGCGGCUCAGUUUCUGGGACACCAUCUCGUGCUGCCUCUGCCCAGACGACUCCCACCAAGGCAUCAGGAACUGGAAAUACCCCUUCGAAGCCAGCACCAACACCGCGUGGGCUCCAAAAUACGCCUUCCAAAUCUACUCCCCUGAAGAGAAGUGUCAGUGCGGCGAACAAGCUGGGCACGCCCUCUCGAAAAUCCACUCCCGCCCGUCCUAAGGGCAUCUCGGGCUCGACCAUCAUCCCCGACGCUCCAGCCUGGGUGAUGACCGCCAUCCGGACAGUGUGCAAGACGCUCUCGACUCCAGCGCCGCGGACGAAUUCCUGGUCGCGGCCUCCUAUUUCAAGGCAUUUGCCGCCACAUAUAUUUGCCGGCGUGUCAUCCAUCCUCUACCUCACAUCGAGUAUGUCCAACGACGAGGAAGGAUAUGAUGAGGAAACCCUGGAGUUUUUGGAGCCAAUCGUCUCCAUUCGGGACCCCAACAAUGAUCAUGAUUUCAAGGAACUGGUUUAUGCUAUGAUUGUUGCGGUGUACUUUAUUGUCCUCGCACGCCGGCGCAACCCUGGCCCAUCAGAGGACCAAGACGAAGCAAGUACCGAAGCCCAGAAGAUGGACAAGAAAACAUUCACCGAAAUGCGCCAGACGGCUCUCACCAGCUUGGGUCUGCAGACGGAUCGACGACAUCGCGAUGAUGUAGACCAGUGGAUCGCUUUGAUCAUGGAGGAAGGAUGGGCCAAUGGCCGCGAGUGGUUUGAUAACAUCCCUCUGGCCGGGGAACUGUACGGCGAAGACGAGGACGGCCACUCGUAUCAGAACCUGGACGAAGAAGAUGCUGUGCUGAGAGCCAUGAAACUGCCCAAGCGCCAUCACGGUGCGGCCGGUGGCCGUUCUUCAAAAUCGGCUCCAUCCCGAGGUGGUCUUUUACCAGGCCUGGGAACCAUGAUGCAGGACCGUGUCGAUUGGCUAAGUGAAGACCGCAGAGAAGACUACGUAGAGUGGAAGGCGGAUAUUCUGGCUCGGGUUAAUGCGGCUGCUUGA